GCUCACCGGCAACACUACAAUAAGUUCACCACCCAAUAUAUGGAUACGCGCGCCAUUUUGGAGUCAGCUUUGACCAUUACUAGUCAACACACACACAGACUGAUGGGCGAGGUCAGGCUGAUCAAUAAGACAUGUAUAGGACUAUCAAGCAACGUCAAGAGGAUCGAUGGGAUGUACGCCGGAUUAUCAAGCGACGUGUCCGCAUUACAGAGGCGAGUGGAAACUACGCGGAUACAAAAAGAACUUUGGCCGAACUCUCCGACCGAACAGAAUGGAUGGUAUCGGCCAUGAUGCAGCCUCAGCAAAACAUGGAGUGUAGAGCCCAGCAAGUACAUAAGGACAUGGACGAACUCAAAGAUGAUCUACGAUCAACAAAGAGGAAGCUCGAGGAUUUGCAUGAGGAUGUGCUUCGUACAAAGUAUACAACACCCUUGUUCAGGACUAAUAAUGGUGAUAACUAUUUCCAGCUUCAACCACCCACUAUGCAAUGAGGCAAGUCUUAUCAAAUACAGAUCUGCUAUAUAUCAUUGAGACUGCAGGCUAUGGACUACUCUCCUCGACCGCCCUGCUGCAUGUCCUCUCGGUCGUCAU